UCCGUGCCUACCGCCCUUCCAGUCACAGAGGUUGCACCUGCGUGGUCUUUCUGACCACUCCUUCACAUUCUAUCGCCGCAUUGAAUAUCCUCCUCGAAGCAGAGUUUGCCCGCACAGCGCCGAAUUCUUGGGGAGAGGAGAGAAAUCAUUGACCCGUCACUCUCAACCAUUGAAAUGCGCCAUCACUGCCAGAGUCUUCGCUGCUCACUCAGCAUCACUGCGUACACACCAUGACCACAACAUCACAACCAGAGACGAGCGCAACCGAUACAGACGACCCUAGCGGAUUCACAAAGAUUGUGUCGUCUCCACAAGACCACCCCAAGGAAAACGGCGAGGAUGCAGCUGCUUCACUCAAGUACAGCCUUUUGGGGCCUUCGCUGCUGAAGGCUGGCCAGGAUACCGUGGACCAGCUCAAGGUGUCUGAGAUCAUCUACAAUGCCUCCAGAGGUUCCAAGUACUUCAAUCGCGAGGAGGCCCGGGACAGAAGUCUUACAGCCAAAAUCGACCAGAUUCUUAGCAAGAAACGCGAGCUGGAGAAACUGGACCUUGGUCAUGAGCUUCGAGUCGCCGAUAGCCUUAUUGCACAGCUGGAGCUGUCGCGGGAUCUGUCUCAACACAUAGUUCAUGUCGACUGUGAUGCUUUUUACGCCGCCGUGGAACAACUGGAUCGCCCUGAACUCAAGGACCUCCCUUUCGCGGUUGGCGGAGGGGUCCUCACCACCUGCAACUACGUCGCCCGCAAGUACGGCUGUCGCAGUGGGAUGGCAGGCUUCGUGGCCAAAAAGCUCUGUCCUGAACUCAUUUUACUCCCGAUUAGUUUUGAAAAGUACACAGCAAAGGCCGGGGAGGUGCGCGAGAUCAUAGCCGAGUACGACCCCAAUUUCGAGAGCGCAAGCAUCGACGAGGCAUACCUCAACAUUACCGAUUAUUGUACUCGACAUGCCAUGGCUCCGGCCGACGCCGUGGCCAAAAUGCGGAACGAUAUCCACGAAAGAACGAGCAUCACUGUUUCUGCGGGCAUCGCUGCAAAUACAAGGCUCGCCAAGAUCUGCUCCAACAUGAACAAACCUAAUGGGCAAUACGUUUUGCCCAGCGAACGUGUUGCUAUCUUGGAGUUUAUGCGAGACCUUCCUUGUCGCAAGGUGAAUGGUAUAGGUCGCGUGUUUGAGCGCGAGCUUGCGGCAUUGGGGAUUCAUACACUUGGGGACAUUUACUCCAAUAGGCAGUAUCUUCGCAACCUUUUUGGAGAGAAGGCCUCUGAGUUCCUCCUCCACUGUUUUCUAGGCUUAGGUCGCACGUGCGUAAAGCCAGCAGAAACAUAUGAGCGCAAGAGCGUCGGCACAGAGAGUACUUUUCGUGAUAUGAGUGACCCGACAGAGCUCCGAAACAAGCUGCGUCGGACGUCGGAGGAUCUCGAACAAGAUCUCCGCCGGGCCGAAUGCAAGGGCCGAACUUUGUGUCUCAAGGUGAAGCUUCACACGUUCGAAGUCCUCACCCGCCAGACUGUUCUGCCCCGGGCUGUACACCUUGCCACGGAUCUGUACAAGCACGCGCUUCCGAUGCUUACGAAACUAGAGCAGGAAAUCCCAGGCAUGAAGUUACGAUUGAUGGGGCUAAGGUGUACGAAUCUCGCUACUACGAAGAAACCGAACUCGUUGGCCUUUUUUGGUUUGAAGUCGCGGGGUAAUAGAUCGGAGGGUCAUGAGACCACUUUCGCAAAGAAAACGACAAACUUGGAUGGCGGUAAAUGGGAGACACGGCCCGUGGGGAUAUCAGCUGUAUCAUCAGGAGAGCCAGGAGCCCAGGGCACAAGAGAAACAAGACUAACGGGGCGGGAUUCACCCAGCCAAUCUGCUUCCCACAGUGAUGGGGAUGAGAUCACGCCUCAUUCGCGACAGUAUGAUAGAGAGCCGCUUUUUGCAAAACCAGAGUGGUGGAACUGCCCAAUUUGCGACAGGCUGCAGGUGGCGGAAGAAAGGCGUUUCAACGACCACAUUGACCUAUGUCUCUCGCGGCAAGCAAUCCGCGAUACCAUACAGGAGGAAGCUGUCAUGCCGUCCCAAGAGCCCAAAACUUCAAAGAUGGAACACAAGAAGCCAAAAGAGAGAAAGAGAGGACGGCAUGCUACUACAUCCGAUCCGAAGCAGAAAAGGCUCUGUUUUGGAUGAUUACUCUGUCUGAACCCAUUUACCAAGAGCAGAGUAGGAUUGGUCGGUGGUAAGAAAAAAGAAACAGAUUCUCGGAAACGAAAUUCGCCGCGCAAGAAGAUAAAAAGGGUUUUUAAAUGCAUGGCCGCUAUCCUUUUAGUACUGCUAUGUCACUCCUCUGUCGAUUUUAUGUUAAUGCGUGCGUGCAUAACAUAACAUGACCAGUCAGUCCUCUUCCAUGAAUCGUUGCAUCUCACCCGUCCACCACGCGCCGCCUUCGCACCGAGCUCAACUCGCCUAAUAGCUACCUAAUCCCUAACGCUCUUCAUCAGCAGACUGCAGUUCAACCCUCACGAAUAUGCCAACAAACUGAUACACAUGGUGCAGCGCACAAAGCGACAAUGGUGGAAAGCGUGACAAAGCGUAUUUUUUUUCUGUUGAAGCCAUGUGGAAGGCCUCACGCUCGUCGGUAUGCCUGAUCAAGGAGUGAGCCGGAAGUGUACGCAAAGCGUUGACCGACUACUCCGUCAAGGGCAAACUGGGCAAUUCGGGGCCAAGUAGUGUUGGAACAAUUGCAUAAGCUAUUCGGUCCCGACGAUGCGACCUGGAAACGGCCCUCGCUGGGCUAGCGAAAGCUAUGGGAGGCGGGCCAAGGGAUUUUCAUGAAUGAUUUAGAUAAAUUUGGUCUCUAGCAUGUACACUUAGCACGUCGUUGGACUGGCAGAGCCGCAUUCAUGACAUACUGCGGGCUUAGGAGCGCGAGGGCGGGUGCGUAUAUGGUUCGUAUAUGGUUCGUAUUGAGGUGAAAUAAAGAGAAUGGACAGAAUACCCGAAAGCCUCGA